CACUCCUUCAAUGAUUUGAAGCCAAAAUCCUCGGAUAGACAUCAAUUUCGAUCUCUAUUGCCUAUAUCCCGCCUCGAAUUGUACCUACUGCUCCCUCCAACGACUUCAGCAAUCCAUCACCAAAAUGUCUUCGGAGACCUACGACAUCGUCAUCAUCGGCGGGGGGACCUCGGGCCUCGUUUUGGCCAACCGCCUCUCUGAGGACCCGGACCUGCAAGUUAUCGUUCUAGAAACCGGCGAAGACCGUAGCGCGGACCCGAACACCCUAACACCCGGUGCUUGGCCGCUGCUGUCGAACUCACCAGCUGACUGGACAUUCCAUACGGCCCCCCAAAAAGAUCUCGCAAGGCAGAUCACAAUCCCGCAAGGUAAAGCUUUAGGAGGCUCUUCCGCAAUUAAUAGUUUCCUCUUUACCCCUACGUCUAAGGCUACCGUGGAAGCGUGGAAGAGCCUGGGUAACGAGGGCUGGGACUACGCGUCAUACGAGGAAGCGAUGAAGAAGUCGUUUACUCUGCAUAAGCACUCGGGUGCGACCGAAGGCAGCGGCCCCCUCCAGCUCACGCUAGCCACACCCGAGAGUCAUUGGGAAAAAGCCUGGAUCGACGGGCUGAAAACCGUAGGAUUGCCGGAAAGCGAUCCCCUCUCGGGCAAUCUCGGCGGACCGAUCAUUGCCCCGGAGUCUAUCGAUCCCAGAACAAAGCAGAGGAGCUACGCUACCAACGCGUAUCUCGAUCCAGUUCGAAAUAGACCAAACUUGGCGAUUCGAACCGAGACCACCGUGACCAAAGUAUUACUCGAAAAGGCUUCACCAACCGGCGAUGCCGUCGCUAAAGGAGUUCAAUUUAUCUCCAAAGACGGAGUUUCCCGCACUAUCGGAGCUCGUAAAGAGGUCGUCAUCUCCGCCGGGGCCAUCAACUCACCCCGAGUCCUCGAGCUCUCGGGCAUAGGCGGGGCUGAUCUGCUCCGGCGUUUGGGAAUCGACGUCGUAGUUGACAACCCACACGUCGGCGAGAAUCUCCAAAACCACCUCUUCACCGGACUAGUGUUCGAAGCACGCGACGAUGUGGAGACUAUCGAUGCCUUUUUCCGCCAGGAGCCCGACGCCGUCGCUCUCGCCAUGCAGAACUACGGUACCAAGGGGACGGGUCCUCUGAGUACCAGCAACAUGAUAACCAUGGCCCAGCUCCCGCUGCCCGAACUGCACACCGAAGACGGACAAAAAGACCUUGAUCGGUUGCUAAGCCUCCUGGAUCCCGACUCGGACGCAACCCGCUCUCCACCGACCACGCCGGUCUUCGCCGCCGCACACCAGGCUUUCGUACGCUCGAUCCUCACAAAUUCCUCGGAACCAGUAGGCAAUUACGUCUUCGGUCCAGCGUACGCGCCAUUCGACGCUCCUAGCCCCACUCAUCGCGCUCCCGGCAAAUACGUCUCCAUCGCGAUCGAGCUGUCGCACCCGCUCUCCCGCGGUUCCGCGCAUAUCACCAGCGCCGCACCGGAGCACGCCAGCACCAACGAAGGUCUAGUUAUCGAUCCUCGCUACCUUUCCCACCCGCUGGACCUCGAGGUACUCGCACGCCAGGUCCGCUUCACGGAGGACAUCAUCAGCCGCUCGGAACCGCUCACACGCUACCUCAAGCCGUAUACUAAGCGGUUUACGGAUCUGGAAGUAACGAAAGAUUACAUUCGCCGGACGGCAGACGGUGCUUACCACUUCACCGGCACAUGCUCGAUGAUGCCACGCGCCAUGGGUGGCGUGGUGGACAACAAACUGCGCGUCUACGGCUGCGCCAACCUCCGCGUGUGCGAUGCGAGCAUCGUACCCCUGGAGCCGACGGCAAACCCCCAAGCAGUCGUCUACGCAGUUGCCGAGCUGGGCGCCGGCUUUAUCAAGGCGGACGUACAGUGAGCGUAGGCAGCGCCCGGAGGGUCUACUGAGUCUUAUGCGUAGGUCGUAUGAGUAGGUCGUGUGAGUAGGUAGAAAGAUGAUGAUAUGUGAAGACUCUUGGAGAUUCUUUGAAGAUUGAUUCCGCGGCGACCGAAAAGAGAAGAAAACCCUCACAAAAAUCCAAGUCACACCUGUCUUUGGUUUUCAUAUCAACUCUUACUUCACACUUGAUACCUAAUCUAGUCUCUGCUGCCGAACCAAUUUUACCUCAAGUACCUUGUCGGAAACCGUCUUUCCGGGCAUGGGAAGACUUAACUAUUCCAAAUAUUGAUCUUCUACUUUAAGUCGUGUACCUUGUAAUGACCCAAGGUAGACUUUGGCAAGGUUAUUUUUAUCACCGUGUUGUCAGGACACCCCGUAGAUCGUUGGUCAGUCAC